AUGUCUCCGAAUGGUCGAUAUUUAUUAAUAUAUAGUCAACGUCCAGCAUGGGAUUCCAAUUCUUUCGAGAACAGUUUAUGGCUUUAUGAAACUUAUGGACGACGAAAACAAUUGAUUACUAAACAAUUGUCCGAAAUCAUGCAACCAAAAUGGUCACCAAGUGGAGAUUGGUUCGUAUUCUUAAUCAAUGACAAAGCUGUAGCCGAUUCAACAGAUCACCUUCAUCGUUUUCGACGUUCAGUCGAUAAUCAGCCGAAAAAAGAGCAACAGAUUCAUCUCUAUAGUGUUUCUUCAGAUGAAUUGUUAUCUAUUGAAAUUGGUAAUCAAAUUCCAUUGGCUCUGGCAUGGUCAGAUGUUGACUCGUCGCUUUAUUUCGCUGCACAAUCAUCUCAAUCGACAAAAGAUGCUGAUCAUUCGUAUGAAACGAAAUGGAAAGACGUGAUUCAAUAUCGUCGACGCAAACCCACUGAUGAUAGUACAAUCUAUCGUAUUGAUAUAAGCAUAAAAAAUCGAAGAGUUUCUAGCAAAAUUAAUUUUGUCAAGCAUCUUAAUUUCAUAGUUGGUGAACUAUUGUUUGUGCCAUCUGAACAUAAACUGGUGUGCACCUCUGUAGUGGCGAUUGUUGAAAAUUUAAGUGAUAUCGAAAUGUAUUCUAUUGAUUUGUAUAAGUCAUCAUCAUUAACAAGACUAACAAACAAUGAAGGAAUCGAAAAUAAUCUACGACUAUCUAGUGAUGGCAAAUAUGUAUUUUUUCAAGUCUUUUCAGUUAGAUCAAGUAAUGAAAAAUUCAAUAAUACACAAAUACGACUAUACUCAAUCGAUCUAACAAAUGGACAGAUUCAAAAUUGGGGAAAAGGUUUCGAAGGAAAUGUUAGAGAUUAUGCCAUUAGAUCUGAAGGUGGUGUUUUUAUAUUGGGACAAUUGGGAACCAAUGUGCAUAUAUACACUCAACAAUCACCAUCGAAGUAUUUAUUUAUGGAACGUGGUUGGAAUGGAACUUAUCGAAUGAUCUCUUCAUCAACAUCAAAACGAUAUUCAUCAGUUGCUUUUCUUCAUUCAUCUUUCGAGCAACCAGAAGAAGUUUAUUUUGUUGAUCAUAUCGACGAUCUUCAUUCGGCAAAAGCAAUUACUAGUGGAAAUCAAUUGUUCACAAAACGAGAUCUACCAAGAGCUAAAUUGUACAAAUGGACAAAUAAUGAUGAUGAUCGUAUGAUCGAAGGCAUUUUACAUUAUCCACCAGGAAAAUUUGAACGUAAAAAUUUACCUCUUCUUGUUCUGAUUCAUGGUGGUCCUACUGCUGCCAAUUUAAAUAUUUUCCUCCCGGACUGGUACAGUUGGGCUCCAUUAGCUGCUACAGAAGGGUGGUUAGUACUCGAACCAAACUAUCGAGGUUCGACUGGUUAUGGCGAUCAGUUUCUCAAUGAAAUUACUUGUCAACCGUUGUCUCUACCGGGAAAAGAUAUUCUUGCUGGUGUUGAUCGUCUUAUUAAGGAUGGCAUUGCUGAUCCAACACGACUUACCAUUGGAGGUUAUAGUUACGGAGGAUAUCUAACGAAUUGGUUGAUUACACAAACGACACGUUUCAAUGCUGCCCUUUCUGGUGCGGGAGGAGUCGAGCAUGUUUCUAGUUGGGGUACUUCAGAUUUUCCUACGUAUCUAAAUACUAUAUUUGGUGGACUUCCAUGGGAAAUACCACAAGUUUAUUCCAAACAAUCAGUUAUGGAGAAGUUAGAUAAAAUACAUACACCGACACAUAUUAUCACUGGCGCUAAUGAUAUUCGGGUUCCUGCCGAUCAAAGUGUUAUGUUAGCGCGUGGUUUAAAUUACCUCGGAGUACCAGUCAAGUUGUUACUUUUCCCAAAUGAAGGACACUCGUUGAGCAACAAUCCUUGGCAUGGAAAAAUUAAAAUUCGAGAAGAACUCAAAUGGUUAGAAAAAUAUGGUCAUGUAUCUUUGGUUACAACAACAAACUAA